AUGAGGAUAGAAGAACUUAUUAUAGAUGGGUUUAAAUCUUACGCCGUCCGUACUAUUAUUUCAGGAUGGGAUCCAGAAUUUAACGCGAUUACUGGUCUUAACGGUUCUGGAAAGUCGAACAUUUUGGACGCAAUCUGUUUCGUAUUGGGUAUUACAAACUUAAGCCAGGUUCGGGCAAGCAAUAUGCAAGAUUUGAUCUAUAAACGUGGUCAAACCGGUGUUAAUAAGGCUUCAGUUACUAUUGUCUUUAAUAACGAAGAUAGAGAAAAUAGCCCUGUGGGUUUCGAGCAAUAUAAGCGUAUCAGUAUAACAAGACAGAUCAUUUUGGGUGGUCAAAGCAAAUACAUCGUUAAUGGUCAUCGAGCCCAACAAAAUGUGGUUCAAAACUUAUUCCAAUCAGUUCAACUUAAUAUUAACAAUCCCCAUUUUUUGAUCAUGCAAGGGAAGAUAACAAAAGUUCUUAAUAUGAAGCCCCCAGAAAUUCUAGCAAUGAUCGAAGAAGCUGCGGGGACGCGUAUGUUUGAAGAGAGAAAAGAAAAAGCGUUGAAGACAAUUGCAAAGAAAGAAAAAAAGCUUGAAGAAAUUACUGAGGCAAGUUUGCUCAAAGAAGAAAUUGGACCAAAGUUAGAUAAAUUGAGAACAGAGAAAAGAUCAUAUUUAGAAUUUCAGAAAACGGAAUCUGAUAUUGAACGACUAACGCGAUUGGUUGUCGCAUACGAAUAUACAAAAUAUCAGGAAAACCUCGAUAAAUCAGGUGCCGAUUUCGAAGCAAAAAAAGUUAAAGUUCAAGAAUUACUGGAAUUUAACGAAAGAUUAAAAGACGAAAUCGCAUAUCUAGAAGAAGACAUCAGACAAACGACAUUAAAUAAAGAAAAGGCAAGUAGCUUAAUUUCCCAUAAUGAGAUUGGAACUGGUGACAAGAUCCAAAUGUUAGAAAAUAACAUAACUGAAUGUUCCAAUCAAAUAGUUAGAAUUAACACAAAAUGCGAACUUAAUAAAACGUCUAUUACUGAAGAAAGAAAGAACAAGGACACACUGUUGUCAGUAAAAGCUGAGAAAAAGAAGAAUUAUGAAAGAUUACAGGCACAAUUUGAUCAGAUAAAAAAAACUCACGACGAGAAAAGUGAAAAUGUUCGAAAAGCAGAAGAACUCUUGCAAACAUUGUCUACAGGGGUUUCAGCACAAGAGGGACACGAGAAUGGAUAUAUGGAACAGCUUCAGGAGGCAAAAAAUAAUGCUACUCAAGCGAAGACUGAAUUAGAGCAAGCAAAAUUAAAAAUAUCUCAUCUUGAGAAAGAGUUAAAAGAAAAAGAGCCACAAGCUCAAAAGGCGCAAAAAGAUGGCAGAGAACUACUUAGUUCCUUAGAGUCUGCCAAAAAAACAGCACAAGACUUAAAUGCCAAUUUGUCAAAGGUUGAUUGGGACCAAAGUAGGAUGGAGGAUCUGUUAAAAAAAAAGCUAAUCGAAGAGAAAGCUAUUCAAGACCUUACUGAAAAAUGUGAAUCUCUAUCUUCACAACUGUCGAAUUUAGAAUUCAGAUAUUCUAAUCCGAUGCCAGAUUUUGAUCGAAAUACAGUUAAAGGUCUAGUCGCGGAGUUGAUUAGCUUGGACCCUAAGUAUGCAAAUUGUUCUACCGCCUUGGAGAUUUGUGCUGGAGGAAGACUAUACAAUGUCGUAGUAGAUAACGAAAAGAUAGGAUCAUUACUCCUUGAAAAAGGAAAACUACGAAAAAAAGUAACGAUAAUUCCAUUGAAUAAAAUUCAAGCAUUUAAGCUAUCCGCUGAGAGGAUCGCUUCUGCGCAAAGACUUAGCCCAGGAAAAGUGAAUUUAGCACUAACAUUAAUUGGAUAUGAAAGGGAAGUUAAACCAGCAAUGGAAUAUGUAUUUGGCGGCACCUUAAUUUGUGCUGAUGCAGAUUCAGCUAAAUUAGUCACUUUUCACAAGAGCGUUCAUGCCAAAUCUGUCACAUUAGAAGGUGAUGUUUAUGAUCCUAGUGGCACGCUUCAAGGUGGAUCUAAACCUUCAUCAGAAGGAAUCCUCAACAAAAUGCAAGCUUCAAAGGAGCUCAAAGAUAAGUUAAGAUUCCAUCAACAAGCACUUGAUAAAAUAAACCUAGAGAUUAAGGAUGCGCAAAAGAUUAUGCACAAAUACAACCAAGUAAGACAACAACUGGAUCUAAAAACUCAUGAAAUCGCAUUGUUAGAAGAACAAGUUAAUAAGAGCAGUAGUUCACAGAUUAUUCAUGUUGUUGAGAAUAUUAUGUCUCAAAUUGCUGAACAGGAGAAUGUAAUUGUGACAUCUAAAGAAAGAUAUAAAACAUGUCAGAUAUUGUGUCAAAAGCUUGAAAACGAAAUGAAAGAGUUCAAAAGCAAUCGAGAUUCAAAAUUAAAAGAAAUUCAAACAUCAGUAGUUCAAGGAAAAGCAGAAUUGUCACAGAGCAAUCAAGUAGUCAUAAACAUGAAUCGCGAUGUUCAAAUAUUGCACUUAGAAAUUAAGCAACUUGAGGAAGAUUUGCAAAUUUCUAAUGGAGAUAUCGAAAAUUCGGAUAAAAAUAUUAAACAAUUAAUGGAUAUGGUAGCAUCAAUGGAAACAGAAUUGUCAAAUCUAAAGAGUUCUUUAGAUAAUGCACAAUCUGAACUGGACAAUGAGCGGAAUAUAUUGUCUGCCUUUGAUGAGGAGAUCAAAGAACUUCAAACUGCUAUAAAAACGAAAACAGCCCAAACGACUGAAGUGCAAUUGGAAAUAUCUAGGAUUAACCAUGAAUUAGAAAGGUUUCUUAAAGAAAAACAAACGGCGCAACAGGCAGUUCUCCAGAUGGAACAGAAUUAUGAUUGGAUCAUACAGCAAAAACAGUUCCAUUUUGGUAAACCAAACACAGCAUAUGACUUUGUUAAUAAUAACCCAAGUGAAUGUAAAAAGAUGUUACGACAAUUAGAAGAGAAACACAACAAUAUGCGUAAAAAGAUAAAUGCUAAAGUCAUGAAUAUGAUCGAUAGUGUUGAGAAGAAGGAGGCUUCUUUAAAUCAAAUGCUGGCAACUGUAUUGAAAGAUAAGAAAAAAAUUGAAGACACGAUAGUAUCCCUGGAUGAUUAUAAAAAAGAUGCAUUGCAAAGGACUUGGGAAAAGGUAAAUGGAGAUUUUGGAGCAAUUUUUGCAGAUUUAUUACCGAAUAGUUUUGCAAAACUCGAACCUCUCGAAGGUCAAGAUUUGACUCACGGUUUAGAAGUUAAAGUACAACUCGGCGGAGUAUGGAAACAAAGUUUAUCGGAAUUAAGUGGCGGUCAAAGGUCACUUAUUGCACUAUCACUAAUUUUAUCAUUGCUGCAGUUCAAACCUGCGCCAAUGUAUAUUUUGGACGAGGUGGAUGCGGCAUUAGAUCUUUCUCAUACUCAAAAUAUUGGGCAAUUACUUCGAACUCGAUUUAAAGGAUCACAAUUUAUAGUUGUUUCACUUAAAGAUGGAAUGUUUAAUAAUGCGAAUGUUUUGUUUCGCACAAGAUUUCGCGAUGGUACUUCGGUUGUUGAG